AUGAGCCACGAUCACAGCGAGUUCACAGCUCAUAACCGUGAUACUUGGGACAGCUCAAGUCGCCUCAGCCUUGACGACCAACGCCGCUUGGUUANNGGGAGCAAACUGGGCAUCUCCCUCAAACAACGAGUGCAGACUUCUAGACUACGCAUGUGGAACCGGCAGUUAGUANNGGCACUGAACACCCACAUCACCCACGCAACAGGACUAGACAUUGCCCCCGGAAUGCUAGACCAAUACACCACUCUACUAUCCUCAUCCCACCCAUCCCUCCAUCUCACCACCGCAAUCGCAGAUUUCUGCUCCGAAACCACCGACGCCACAACCUUUGGAUCCUUCGACAUCGCAGGCGUAGCCCUAGGUUUCCACCACUUGAGCAACCCCACCCUGUGCAUCUCCAACCUAUAUUCUUGCCUCAAAAGCGGCGGUGUGCUUUUCAUCGUCGACUGGCUUCCAAAGCAAGUUUCUGCCGCCGAACAUGUUGGUCAUCAACAUUCUCACCCUGAUUCUUCCUCCACCUCUACAGACACCGAAGAGUGGAAGAAGAUGCANAAAACUAUCAAAACAAACGGCUUUACGGAACAUGAUAUGAAGGGAUUCUUUGAAGGGGCAGGGUUUGCAGAAUUUGGGUUUGUGGUUUUGGAGCAAGGGUUUUUGUUGCAGAUGAAUGGGAAGGAGGUUGAGAAGAGGGGGUUUAUUGCCAAAGGGAGGAAGGUGUAG